UGCCUGGGUUACCACCGUAAUCUCUACACAAGGGGGUAACGAUGUGGUGUUAGUCAAAGAUGAGCUGGGUCUUGGCAGGCGUUUCUCAUGAGUUUCCAACCAAUCACUCAAGUCUUUAGCCGAUUCCCGGUCUGUAUGCCGUUGGGUGUUGGUGUACAUGUGUGUUCAAGGGUAUAACUCAUGUGAGAAGGGGUCAUCGGUAUGAAGAAGGUGCUCACAAGUCACAUCUCGUCUUCCUGAGCCGGCAGGAGACGCAAGCUCGCGAUACCCGCCUUUCCUUUCCAGUAGCCGUGACCGCGUGAGGCAGGCGGUGGUGCCGCGGGGGACUGACCAUCGUCGUGGAAGGCCGGCGGUCGGUGACGGGGCCGACGGCAGCGGUGUCCACAGACAUGGUGUUGCGAUUAUUACGUCGGCGACUCGGUGUGCUCGGUUUCUCUUCGUCGGCCCAAGCGUGUGGGCGUGAGGGGGCGGCGGCGGCAGCGGCAGCGCGCGGUGAAUGUCGGGCCAACGCGGCGGUUGGUGAUGGACCGAUGGUAUUUGGACUGAGUGGAGCACAACUGAGGGGGGACUCUGGAGGCGUGAGAGCCCGGAUGCAAAGGGGGUAAAGAGAGCAUCGGCACGGCAAUCCAGGGCUAGUCUUCCGUCAUCCACGGAAGUACGGCAAUGUGGCUGGCUUGUUUCGGCGAUAGUUGGGGGGGUUUUUAAUGUUUUUUGUCUAGCGGUGGUAUUGUCGGU